AUGACCAACGCCUGCAGGCAGAUGGAGGCCGGCUCUCUCCUCCCCUCACUCAGCACACCGCAUAAAAGCUCUGCCCUCAGCGAGCACUGGCAUCCAUCGCUCCUGCCUCGCUCUGCUCAGGAAAGGGAAGGGCAAGCGCUGGGCACGGAGCUCAUGGUGGUUGCUGUGGCCUUUGCUGGUUUGGGGCAGCCCUGGGAAGAGGGCACUGCACAGCUGGGGUAUCUCCUCCGCAUUCACGACACCUGUUCUUGUGGCCGUGUGUUUCAGGCUCAGCUCUCUCACACAAAGAUGUCUUGCUACGACCUGUGCCCACCGAAAAGCGGCGUCGCCGUCCCCCAGCCCAUCGCUGAGAGCUGCAACGAGCUGUGCGCCCGGCAGUGCCCCGACUCGUCGGCCUUCAUCCAGCCGCCCCCCGUCGUCGUCACCUUCCCCGGCCCCAUCCUCAGCUCCUUCCCCCAGCAAGCCGUGGUGGGCUCGUCCGGAGCCCCCGCCUUUGGGGGCAACCUGGGGCUGGGGGGCCUCUAUGGCGCCGGGGCCACGCUGGGCUCAGGGGGCCUCUGCACCUUUGGCAGACCCUACGCUUCUCCUGCCUGCAGCCCUUGUGCCCUGCCCCGCUACAGCAGGAAGCUCUGGGACACCUGUGGGCCCUGCUAG